AUGCUUUCGCAACAAGAAAUAAAGGAUAAUAUGGUUCGCUUCGAGUCGAUUUCGACUGAAGAAGCCGCCCAAUUAGCAGGUGUUGUUCUUGAUCAUAUACAACUUAAAUCAAAUCUUUCUCAGAUGCUCGCCGGAUUAGAAUUCUCAGACACAUCAACAAAGCAAAUUUUAGCAGAUACAAUUUUAUCAUUCAUUAAUAGACUUCUUCAAUCCCGUACAGCUACUUCAGAUUGUUCUCCACUAUUGAAACAGGCAGGUUUAAAUGACGAAUACUCCGAAGUAAUCAGCAAAGUCAUUAGCAACAGAUUAGAUACUGUUGUUAAAGAUUUAGCUGAGAAAUCAUCAGGCGAUAAACUUCAAGACCUUGAAUGGAGAUUUGGUUUAACUGCAGCUUCAAGUACAGGCGCAGGCACUCCAUUCAUUCAAAUGCGUUUACAAUUCGAAAAUAUCCAGCCUGUUUCUAUCGAAAUGGGCAUGACAGAGUUUUACGAAUUCGCUGCUGAUAUUAAGCGAAUUCAAGCUCAAAUGUCAAAUACCCUUAACAUAUAA